GCCAUCGCUCCCAAACUCGGCAACGAAACGAUCAAAGCCGAACUCGGACGGGCGUCAUGGAAGCUCUUCCACACCAUGAUGGCACAAUUCCCCGACACGCCCAAACCAGACGAAAGCAAGGCGUUGAAGGACUACAUCUACCUCUUCCAACGACUUUAUCCAUGCGGAGAAUGUGCGAAUCAUUUCGGCGAGAUCUUGAAGAAGUUUCCGCCGCAGACGAGCUCGAGGAGUGCGGCGGCCGUGUGGGCUUGUCAUGUGCAUAACGAGGUCAACAAGAGUUUGAAAAAGGAGGAGUUUGAUUGUGCGAAUAUUGGGGAUUUUUAUGAUUGUGGGUGUGCGGAUGAUAAGAAGGAUGGCAAGGAUGGUAAGGAG